CUGACGAAGCACCUACCUGGUUGGGAGAGGUGUGGCUGGAUAGGAGUUGCAAAUGCGCCCGCGCUCCGUGAACUGGUGGGCUACCUCCGUACACGGAGUGCUCCGACAACCUUCAAGUGGGUCAAAGGACAUUCGGGAGUGAGGGGAAACGAAGAGGCGGACCGGCUUGCCAGUGAGGGGGCCAAGCACCCGCCGACUGUGAGACCCACUCACCUCCCCCCACCUGAGGAAUAUAUCAUCCGUGGUGCAUCCCUCGCCCACCUCACGCAGCGCCUGGCAUACCGGGGCAUCCGAGGCUGGAAUGCUGGGGAGGAGAGACCGGCGACGAAGAGGGCUAUCGCGAUGAUACAAGAAUCAAUCCAAAUGGCCUCUGGAGCCCGCCCUGCGGAACCGAUGAUCUGGAACCUACUUAGGAAGAAUGCAGUCUCGAGGAAGGCACGGGACUUCCUCUGGCGCGCCCUCCACGACGGCCUCCGAGUGGGCAAAUACUGGGCCCACAUACCCGGCUUUGAGACGCGGGCGAUGUGUGCUGCCUGUGGAGUGACUGAAUCCCUGGAACACAUACUGUGUGAGUGCUCAGCACCAGGACAGAACGUAGCAUGGGCGCUAGCGCGCGGAUUACUCGCGAAGAAAUCUGUCCGACUGCCCGCGGUCAGCUUGGGCAUCGCCCUUGGCGGACACGCCUUCGCGGCAUUUAACGAACAAGAUGAACUCCUCCAUGGCGCGACGCGCCUGGCACGGAUCAUCCUCACGGAGACUGCGUACCUGAUCUGGGUACUGCGUUGCGACCGAGUUGUCGGUGACCGUGUCCCCCUCCCACGAGCACUAGAAGAAGAAUAUGUAGAACGCCGCUGGCUCCGGGCCCUGAACAAACGCCUGCAAAAUGAGUGCACGUUGGUAAGUAAACGAGUAGCGGGGAGAUGGGCCAUCCCCUCCGCGACAGUGUUGGCAACAUGGGAGAAGACCUUGCAAGAUGAGCACCGACUGCCGCUCGAUUGGAUCCAUUCACCGGGGGUUUUAGUGGGUAAG